GGUGAGAACAGAACAACGAUCGGAAUAACAAUCCCUCCUCUAUUCAAAACCCUAGCCAUGGAAAAGCUGCAAAAAGUUGUUGCACUUUUUCCUACCAAUCCCUCACCGGUGAAUCUCGACACCGACAACGGAUUUAACGUGGAUUUUCUCCUUCUUUCCACAAGGAGAGCUACGAGAAGAAGUAAAAGAAGGAGAAAGAGAGCGUAUGCUCACAAACGUUUUCAUAAGGUCAGGCAGAAAGUGAUCCUAUUGGCUGACAUGGCACAUAUCAGUCGAUUGGUUACAGCUGGCGGCAUCCCGUCCCCGUUUGACUACGUGGAUGUGAUUAACAACAACACAAAUCACUUCACGGGCCACGCGGAGCGGUGGAGUGGCAGAGCGAGAGCUUCUGAGUAUCAAUGCCCACCUUGCCCAGUUGCAGCAGGUCAAGUUAAUACAAGUUUAUCUGUUACCAAGCUGAUGGGAGUGGUUCAUUUCUCUGAGUAA